AUGAAAUCGUCGCUAAUCUCCACGCUCCUGCUGCCAUUGGUAGCAGCCGUUGCGCUCCCGCAAGAGGAGGUAAAGGUUGACUAUACCGGCUACAAGGUAUUUCGAGUCGACCUUGGCUCUGACGCCACGGUCUCAGCGGAGGUGUCGCAGCUCGCGGUCCAUGUACUGAAUCCUGGUAGUACUGGGGCUGUUGAUGUCGUAGUCGCUCCUGACUCGGUGUCUGCACUUGAGGGACUUGGCUUGAACAGCACUGUCCUGGAUGAGGAUUUGGGUGCCAGUAUCGCUGCGGAAGGCGAGAUUUCCCAGGCCCUGGCUGUCCCUGAUCCCUCAUGGUUCACUGCAUAUCACGCCUAUGCAGCUCACCUGACCUUCCUCAAUGACCUUCAAGCCAGCUUCCCAGCCAACUCGGAGAUCUACACCAUUGGUCAAUCGGUAGCAGGUCGACCCCUUACUGGCAUCCACAUCUGGGGUAGCGGUGGAAAGGGCUCCAAGCCAGCCGUAGUGUUCCACGGAAAUGUCCAUGCUCGCGAAUGGAUUACUUCCAAGACCGCAGAGUACAUUGCGUACACGCUCUUAACCGAGUACGGAUCAACCGCAGCCAUCACGGCCGUGGUUGACAAGUUCGACUUCUACAUCACGCCUGUCGUGAACCCAGACGGCUUCGUGUACACCCAAACCAAUGACCGCCUGUGGCGCAAGAACCGCCAGACUGUCAGCGGCAACAGCUGUAUUGGUCGGGAUAUCAACCGCAAUUGGCCCUUCCAGUGGUCUGCCACGGGAGGCGCAUCGACGAACCCAUGCUCUGAGACUUACAAGGGACUUGCUGCAAGCGAUGCCCCCGAGACCCAGGGUCUUGUCGCCCAAAUUCAGCAGCUCAAGGCAUCUCGCGGUAUUAGUCUCUACAUCGACUUCCACUCUUAUGGCCAGUACAUUCUCUGGGCUUACGGCUACAACUGCGCAGCCACCGCCGAAAACAAUGCUGCCCUCCAGUCACUAGCUACUGCUGCUAGGACUGCCAUUGCAGGUGUCUCUGGAACCUCGUACACCAUCGGAAAAUCCUGCAGCACGUUGUACGCAACUACCGGGUCCAGCGUUGACUACAUUGAUGCCACAGGCAACGCAACAUAUAGUUAUACCUAUGAGCUCAGGGAUACUGGGACAUAUGGCUUUGUGCUGCCUGCCAGCCAGAUUAGGCCCACCGCAGUGGAGACGUGGGCCGGUGUGUUGGUCAUGCUUCAGAGGGCUUAA